CCCACCCCAACAGCACCGACGUGCACAUCAUCAACCUCUCGCUCACCUUCCACGGCCAGGAGCUGCUGAGCGACACCAAGCUCGAGCUGAACUCGGGGCGUCGCUACGGCCUCAUCGGGCUCAACGGGAUCGGGAAGUCCAUGCUGCUGUCGGCCAUCGGGAAGCGGGAGGUGCCGAUCCCGGAGCACAUCGACAUCUACCACCUGACCCGAGAGAUGCCGCCCAGCGAGAAGACCCCCCUGCAGUGCGUGAUGGAGGUGGACACGGAGCGGGCCAUGCUGGAGCGGGAGGCAGAGCGGCUGGCUCACGAGGACGCGGAGUGUGAAAAGCUGAUGGAGCUGUACGAGCGGCUGGAGGAGCUGGAUGCCGACAAGGCGGAGGCACGGGCAUCGCGGAUCCUGCACGGCUUGGGUUUCACGCCGGCCAUGCAGAGGAAGAAGCUGAAGGACUUCAGCGGCGGCUGGAGGAUGCGGGUGGCUCUCGCCAGAGCGCUGUUCAUCCGGCCCUUCAUGCUGCUGCUGGAUGAGCCCACGAACCACCUGGAUCUGGAUGCCUGCGUCUGGCUGGAGGAGGAGCUGAAAACGUUCAAGCGCAUCUUGGUGCUCAUCUCCCACUCCCAGGACUUCCUGAACGGCAUUUGUACCAACAUCAUCCACAUGCACAACCGCAAGCUGAAGUAUUACACGGGAAAUUACGAUCAGUAUGUGAAGACCCGUGUGGAGCUAGAGGAGAAUCAGAUGAAGCGUUUCCAUUGGGAGCAGGAUCAGAUCGCCCACAUGAAGAAUUACAUUGCACGGUUUGGUCAUGGCAGCGCCAAGCUGGCUCGGCAGGCUCAGAGCAAAGAAAAGACCCUUCAGAAAAUGAUGGCUUCAGGGCUGACGGAGAGGGUAGUGAAUGAUAAGACACUGUCCUUCUAUUUCCCGCCAUGCGGGAAGAUCCCUCCUCCUGUCAUCAUGGUGCAGAACGUCAGCUUCAAGUACACCAAAGACGGGCCACGUAUCUACAAUAACUUGGAGUUUGGGAUCGACCUGGACACGCGUGUGGCUCUUGUGGGACCUAAUGGAGCUGGGAAGUCGACGCUGCUGAAGCUGCUCACAGGAGAGCUGCUCCCCACAGAUGGGAUGAUUCGCAAGCACUCGCAUGUGAAGAUCGGCAGAUACCACCAGCACUUGCAAGAGCAGCUGGACCUGGACCUGUCUCCGCUGGAGUACAUGAUGAAGUGCUACCCAGAGAUCAAGGAGAAGGAGGAGAUGAGGAAAAUCAUCGGCAGAUAUGGGCUGACUGGGAAGCAGCAGGUGAGCCCCAUCCGCAACCUCUCAGAUGGACAGAAGUGCCGUGUCUGCUUCGCCUGGCUGGCCUGGCAGAACCCGCACAUGCUCUUCCUGGACGAGCCCACCAACCACCUGGACAUUGAGACCAUCGACGCGCUGGCCGACGCCAUCAAUGAGUUCGAGGGAGGGAUGAUGCUCGUUAGUCAUGACUUCAGGCUCAUUCAGCAGGUUGCCCAGGAGAUCUGGGUCUGUGAGAAGCAGACAAUCACGAAGUGGCAGGGCGACAUCCUGGCCUACAAGGAACAUCUCAAGUCCAAGCUGGUGGACGAAGAUCCCCAGCUCACCAAAAAGACCCACAAUGUGUGAGCGCAGGAGCGGUCAGUCGGCCGGCGGGUGUUCUCCAGGGAGACUGACAAUGGCCAGCCUGACCAUCCCCCUGCCGCCUGGAAUCGGACUCUGCUGCUAUCUCUGUGGCUGUGUUCUAGCAUUGCUGCAAUAUCGCUUCCCUCUGCUCUCCCUGCACCUCCGCAUCUGGACAGGACCCUCCUCUUCUGCUCUGGCUGCACUCGGGCAACUGCUCCCAUCUGGACAAUGUCCCCUCUAGCCCCAGACCCUGGAGCCACACUGACAGCGGGCGGCAGGGUGCCCCGACUGCAGCCAGGGGGGAAUGGAGAUCCCAGCUCACCUCCUGCCCCAACUUCUGCUUCAGUUUAGAAACUUUGACUUCAGACUCCUCUGGCCUUGGUUUGGUUUUAACUAUUAUUUAACAGUGUCAUUAUCAGAUCUGCUGAGAAUCUAUCAGUCAAUAAAGAGGGAAGAACAGUCUCUUUUUUUCCUCGUUCCCAGAAUGGCA